AUGAAAUUUGGUACAAAUUAAAUUGGAUGGUAAGGAUUUAACAAAUGUAUUAAUUCUUAUGUAUCAUUAAGGCUAACUAAAUCAAAUCGAUGAUUAAAAAUAUAUUCAAAAGAAAUAUCCCUUUUAAUUGCCAAUGGACAAGCACCAGUUAUGGUUAUUAUUGCUAAUUUCCAAACUUAAUCAUAGUAUGAUUUAGUGAAUGAUCUAAUAAAUAAUUAUCUACAAGUUUACAAGUGAAGAUGCUGUCUUUAACUUUUUGUUAAAUAGAUUAUCUAAUAUUAAUUAUGGUGAUGAUUUUGAGCCCUAUUAUGAAAACAUGGAUUUUUUGUUUGAAUUAGGGAAAUUAAUUAUUAAAACUAGAUAAUAUAAUUGGAGCUCUCUAAAGAGCCAUUCAAAAGACUAAGUGUGUAAUAAUUUGUAUCUAAAAAUUAAGUUAACAAAAAUAUAGUUGAGCCUUUCAAUUUUGCAGUAAGUCAUGAGAUAGCUAAGCCUUUUGAAAGCAGAAUGAAUCAAUAAGCUAUUGUUCAAGCUUAUUGUAAUAGUGAUAGAUGCUAUUUCACUCAUCCAGAAUUAGCAUAUUUUGAUUGA